AUGUAUUGCGGUUUAAAUAAACGUGUUCUUAAAAGCAUUAAAUUGUGUCGAUACAAAAUUUUAUGGUUUGUUCUCAUAUAUUUUCUACUUUUUAUUGCUGCAAUAUUAAACGUGGCAUCAAACCAUAAAAGCAUUCAACAAAACUUAGCUCAUAAAACUCUUUCAUAUGAGCUCGAUGAUGGAAUUACUGACGAAGCAAAAAAGUAUAUUGAAGAAUUGGGUUUGAAAAAUCCUGGAGAAAAUGGUGAAGCAGUCAUUAUUCCAGAAACAGCAUCUGAUGAAAUCAAAAGGCUUAUGAAUGAUAGUUUUGAAGAAAAAGCUUUCAACGCAUUCAUUUCAAACAUGGUGAGCCUUAACCGGAAUAUUCCAGAUUGGAGGAAUGACAUAUGCAAAAAUAAAAUUUACCAUAAAAAUCUUCCCAAAUGUUCUGUUAUGAUUACGGUUCACAAUGAAGAUUGGAUGUUGUUGAUGAGAACUAUUCAUUCUGUGUUACUUCGGUCACCAUCUGAAUUGCUUGAAGAAAUUCUAAUCAUUGACGAUGCUUCAGUAAAAGAAUGGCUUCACAAACAACUUGAUGAUUUUGUCAGUAAACAAUCAAAAGUGAGACUUAUACGAUCUCCUAAGCGUCUAGGGAUAAUAAAUGCUCGUAAUCUUGGGUCUAGUAAUGCUAUUGGUCCAAUUAUUAUCAACCUUGACUCUCAUGUUGAAGUAUCUCCUGGCUGGCUCGAACCGCUUUUAGAUCGUUUCGUUGAUGACAACAAGAAAUUUGUAGGUGCAAGAAUUUCUGGUAUCACUAGAGAAACACUGGCUCUAAAAUUUAAAGACGAUUUGCCAUACUAUGUUGGUGGCGUUCAAUGGGAUUUAAGCUUCUCGUGGGAAACUUUCGAACCUCUCAAAACUGCAACACUUAUUGGACCAACUCACGCUAUUUCAAAGGACUUCUUUAUGGAGCUCGGGAUGUAUGAUCCAGAAUAUGGAACUUGGGGUGGAGAAGAUAUGGAGUUGAGCAUAAAAGUCUGGCUUUGUGGUGGAACAGUUGAACAAAUUCCAUGUUCACGUACUGCACAUAUGUAUAAAAAACAUAAAUACACACAUCCGGAUAAAGAUUAUAGAUGGAACACAAAUCGAAUUGCUGAAAUCUGGCUUGAUGAAUACAAACGUUUUUACUAUCGUGCGAUACAAAACUCUCAUCACGAUUUUGGAAAUAUUACAGAAAGAAUUGAAAUCAAAAAUAAAAAUAAAUGCAAACCGUUCAAAUGGUUUCUUGAUAAUGUUUAUAAUAUUCGAAUACCUGAUGAUAUCAAAGAUCCAUAA